GGAUGGAAUAUUGAGGUUCCAGGAGCUACAGAAGGACCCCCGCACAAGAGGCCUGGGGUAGCAAGGACCAGGAUGGGUUGGAACUCAGCCCUCACUUAGAACUGGGCUCUCUGGAAUCAAGGUUAGGUCCUCCAGCUCCUCACUCUGGACACAACCCUACUCCAAGACGCUUGGGAUAGUCCCUCAUCUGGUCCCUUCAUGAGCCGAGUUUGGGCGUGCUGUAGGGGAGGCUUGUACCCAGCACCCCUCCCCCCCUGCUACCACACCACACCCCCACCUGCUUUGUUCCAACCGCAGGCUUCCUCUGAUAGCUACACAUGCUGCCCCCAAGCUGAGUGGUGCCCCUCAUGCCUGAGGCCCUCCAGGGCAGAAAGGGGAGCUAAACGGAAACCCUGCAGCUGGGGCCUCCCAUGGUUGGGAGGGGCUCAAAGACCCCCAUACUGGGACCAGGCAACCUGAGUUGGCUCUCUGGAGGCCAUGAUGGAGGUAACUAAGAGAGUCACCUGCCACCAGCCUCAGAGCCAUUCGACUACUUCCUCCCCUGCCAGGCGGACCAUUUUAGUAUCCAGCUAAUGUCCAUUGAGCAUCUAUGUGCCACCCGUGGUUUUGGGUUCCCUCCCCCCUCUCCAGCCCCAAUCCCAUCAUCCAGAAGCUUAUUCUGGCUCUGCCUGGUACCCUCGGAUUUGGGGUGCUGCUGGCCCUGCCAGGGGCCUGGGCCUCUGGGACAGGCACAGAGGAUGGUGCAGGCUCCAGUACUGUCACCAUCACCCUGCUGCUCCUGCUUCUGCUGCUGCUUGUCACUGGUCUAGCCUUGGCUUGGCGUCGCCUCAGCCGAGUCUCGGGGGGCUACUACCACCCGGUUCGCCUGGGUGCUGCGUUGUGGGCCCACACCCGCCGCCUGCUCUGGGCCAGCCCUGCAGGUCGCUGGCUUCGGCCCCGCUCUGAGAUGGGAUCCCCAGAAGAACCAGAGCAGCAGGAAGAUGAACAGGAUGCUGAAGAGGAUUUCAUGAUGGAUGGUGGCCCUCAUCCCCAGGAAGAGGAGAAGCAGUGUGAAGGAGCUCAAGCAGAGCAGGCCCCAGAUGUACAACAGGACACAGACAGCGAAGGGGGCCUGGGCCUCAGCUCUCACGGUCCUGUGGGCUCAGGCAGCAGCGCAGAGGCCCUUCUGAGUGACCUGCAUGCCUUUUCAGGCAGUGCUGCCUGGGAUGACAGUGCGGGAAGAGCGGGAGGCCAGGGUCUCCAUGUCACUGCACUGUAGAUGCCAGCUGCUUGUCCUGUUCCUGCCCAGCCUCUGUCUCUUCCCGUGUUAUCAUGAUGAAACACAAACUGCCCUGGACCUUCAUCAUCCCACCUCACAUGAAGCUUCUCAGAUUGCCACCCCCACCAGUUCCCCAGAGUGUGCGUCACGCCCCCUCCCCUGACAGGCACUGGGGCAGACACUGAAAAUAAAACUUAAAGCCCUGA